CUCGAUAUCGCCGUGAUAGGUGCAGGCAUUUCUGGACUCUCGGCUGCCAUAUGUCUGCGACGAGCUGGCCACCAUGUGACGCUGUACGAACGAAGCGAGUUCAAGAAUGAAGUGGGCGCAGCAAUUAAUAUGCCUCCUCACGCCACACGACUACUUCGAGAAUGGGGCGUAGCUGGCCAAAACCCCUCCGAAAAGACGGGACCAUAUCUCGACAAUGCUUGCGGGAGCUUGCUCCAUGGCACUCGCAGACUGGAUUCGGCUACCGCAGAACUUCUCCACAGCUCCAGCUUUGAUGGAGACGAAUACCGUUAUGGCGCUCCAUUUGUGUCAUACCAUCGUGCAGAUCUCCACUUAGGCCUCCGAAUGGCAGCUGCGAACAUUGGCGCAAAGACCGUGCUUGGAAAGAUGGCCGUGAAAAUUGACUGCGAAAAGGGCCAGUUCACAGUCGUUGAUCCUCACAGCCGGACUGGAAAAGAAGUCAUCCAAAAAGACCUGCUCAUCCUCGCCGAUGGCGUCAACAGCUUAUUUGUGGAACAUGUGACCGGAUCCCCAAAUCCCCUCCAUGAAACAGGACGCAGCGCCUAUCGCAGCCUGAUACCCAUGGGCAGGCUCCUCUCUGACCCGGAAGCCCGUUCCCUAUUCACUUCAGGUGGGGAGCGCGGCAUCACAGGCUCUUUCAACGCGCAGACCGGCGUCUUCCUAAUUGCAUACCCCUGUCGCAAAGGCGAAGAGAUGAACAUCGCGAUAUUUCAUCAAAUGCUACCUGGAGAGCGUCGAACCUACGACUGGGACUUUCCAGCGACAAUCGACCACGCCCUGGCUUCCAUAGAAGGUUUCCACCCAGCCUUCAAAGCCCUGAUCCGCUGCGCCGAAGACAUGAAAGUCUACACAAUCCUCGCCCGAGACCCGGCAAAGCGCUACGUAAACCACCGCGCCAUCAUGAUCGGAGACGCCGCACAUCCCAUGCUCCCAGCCCUAGCCGGAGGCGGCUCCACCGCUCUCGAAGACGCAGCCAGCCUGGAAAUCCUCUUGAAAUCCCUCACAGUCGACGACCUACAUUCCGGCCUCGUCGCAAAACGUCUCAAACUCUGGCAAGCCCUUCGCAUCCCUCGAGACGUCACAACGCAAGUCGUGAGUAAAGGCAUGCUCGUGCCUCAACCUGCGAGUAAUUUCGCGAAAGAGGU